AAAAUGAACCACCUGUUGUAAAGCGCAAUGCGCAGAAUAUCCUGCGUGUAGCCGCAGACAGCACUCACCAUUAUUCGCAGGUGCACCAAAACAAACCAUGGCAGGCGUGCUUCUCAGUGAGGCCGAAAAAACCUUUAUUCUGCACGGAGUUCAGAGUGAUCUCCGGAAUGAUGGUCGUUCCAGACAGGACUAUCGUCCCAUUGAGCUGGAGCUCGACAUCGUCACUCACGCCAACGGAUCUGCCAGAGUACGCCUUGCAAAUACUGACGUCCUAGUCGGCGUAAAAACAGAAAUCGACGUACCCAAGCCGGAGAAACCAGAGGAAGGAAAAGUAGAAUUCUUUGUUGACUGUUCAGCAAAUGCUACUCCAGUAUUUGAAGGUAAAGGAGGUGAGGAGUUGGCUACUGAAAUAAGCAACUUUCUAGCCAGUUCAUUUGCGUCCAGCAUGUCAUUUGACUUAAAGACCUUGUGUAUUAUCAAGGGAGUGCAGUGCUGGAAAUUAUAUGUAGAUAUUUUGAUUCUCGAGUGUGGGGGAAAUCUGUUUGACGCGGUUUCACUGGCUGUCAAAGCAGCACUGCACAACACCAUGGUCCCCAGGGUUGAAACUGUGGCCAUGGAUGGAGGCAACGUAGAUUUACAACUCUCUGGCGAUCCUUAUGACUGCUGGAGGCUGGAUACCAAAAAUAUGCCAUGUUUGGUGACCUUAUCUAAGAUUGGGGAACACUUUAUUGUGGAUUCAACAGCUGAGGAGGAAGAAUGCAGCAUGGCAUCAUUAGUUUUUUCUGUGACUGAUGGAGGCAGACUAAAUUCCCUAUGUAAGACUAGUGUCGGUAGUUUACAUCCUCAUACCUUGGCAGAGGCACUGAAGGUGGGUGUUGAUGUAGGUGUAAGACUCAACAAGGCACUGGACCAAGCACUUGCGAGAGAAGACCGGCGUCUAGAAGCAGACAAACCAGAAAGAUUUGGAUUUUUAAAGUGAGGUAGGAUAUGUGGGCUUCAAAAGUAGACCAGCAACAGUAUACCUUCUGGUUCAGAUUCGAAUGUAUUGAUUCAAGCAUCUGAAUGAAUUCUCUUUCUCAUUCCAA